CCCGAGUCCGGGAGUGUAAGAUGAGACGGGGGAAGGUGGGCCUCAUUCUGGGGGCGGGCGAGGAGGAACUUCCUGCCCCUGCGCUCCACGGUGCAAAGCCCUAAGCGCGCGGCCUGGAGGGCUGCGGCGUGUCAAGGUCAGCCUGGAGCUGGGUGGCGGCCUGCCUGGGGGCGGGGUACCCAACUAGGGGGCCGGGCUGAGGCUUCCCAGCCCCUCGGCCAUAUUGAAUAGCCUGGGCUGGACCGUCUUUGUCUGCGAAGUCCUCUCCUAAGUUCCAGCCGUGUCCCCGGUGCCUGGGGCAGGAAGAAUCGCUGGCAACUCGCGCGCCCCAACUUGGAGCUGGAACACCACGUUUCCAGCUUGGAGUGGGCCUUGAGCCUAGGGACUAACCUCGCCCCCGCUGACGUAAGCAUCCUGGAAAUUGAUUCCUCCAAGUCCGUGGUGGGGGAGCAGGACUUGGUCAACACUGGACUUGUUGCAGGCGAAGAGAUAGGAGGCGUGGGCUCGUCCCUGGCUUGGGGAGGUGACUCUCCGAUCAGCGUUGCUGGCACUCCCCGGGCCUCCGGUCCCUCCCUCAAGACUAAGGGCGACAGUAGCUUGUUGGGGCUCAUUGCCCCUUCACUCCAGAUAUCACCCUGGAGAUCUUAAAGACUCUCGAGAAAAGCCACGUAGGGGGCUGGUUCCCCUGGGGCUUCCUCCCGUCUCCCGACUGCCUGAUUCUUUGGAGCGUCCCCGAUGUCUGCAAAGAUGUGGAUUUGGACGUCCUCGUGGAAGCCCUGAAGCCCGUGGGGACCUUUAAGAAGAUCGGGAAGGUGUUUCGCAAGGAGGAGGACUCCACGGUGGGGAUGCUGCAGAUCGGGGAGGACGUCGACUAUUUGCUCAUCCCGCGGGAGGUCAGGCUGGCCGGGGGCGUCUGGAGAGUCAUCUCCAAGCCCGCCACCAAGGAAGCAGAAUUUCGGGAGCGGCUGAUCCAGUUCCUGGAAGAAGAGGGCCGCACCCUGGAGGACGUGGCCCGCAUCAUCGAGAAGAGCACCCCGCACCCGCCCCAGCCCCCCACAAAGCCCAAAGAGCCCCGAAUGAGGAGGAGAGUGCAGCAGAUGGUGACUCCUCCGCCCCGGCUGGUCGUCGGCACCUACGACAGCAGCAACGCCAGCGACAGUGAGUUGAGCGAGUUCGAGACCUCCAGAGACCAGAGCCGCCAGGGCCCGCGGCGGGGCAAGGCGGUGCGCAGAAUGCCGGUCAGCUACCUGGGCAGCAAGUUCCUGGGCAGCGACCUGGAGAGCGAGGAUGAUGAGGAACUGGUCGAGGCCUUCCUCCGGCGAGGGGAGAAGCAGCCCAGCGCGCCGCCUGCCCGCCGCCGCGUCAACCGGCCAGUGCCGAUGUUUGAGGACAACCUGGGGCCUCGGCUGUCCAAGGCGGACAGGUGGCGGGAGUAUGUCAGCCAGGUGUCCUGGGGGAAGCUGAAGCGGAGGGUGAAGGGUUGGGCGCCGAGGGCGGGACCCGGGGUGGGCCAGGCCCGGCUGUCCUCCACCGCAGCGGGGAGCGCUGGGGUAUCAUCCGCGCCAGACGGCAGCAACCCCAGGGAUCGCGUGGGAAACGCGGGAGAUGUCUGUGCGCCCCAGACCUCCCCCAGGCGAUGGAGGCCCAAGGUGAACUGGGCCUCCUUUCGACGCCGCAGGAAGGAGCAGGCAGCAUCCACAGGUCAGGGGGCAGACUUGCAGGCUAACCAAGGGGGAGAGGCUGCAGAUAAUCAGAGGGAAGGGGCCAUAGCUGACCAGAGGGAAGAGGCCCCAGCUGACCAGGGGGCAGAGGCUGCAGAUAACCAGAGAGAAGAGGCUGCUGAUAAUCAGAGGGAAGAGGCCCCAGCUGAGCAGGGGCCACAGGGCGAAGAUAACCAGAGGGAAGAGGCUGCUGAUAAUCAGAGGGCAGAGGCCCCAGCUGACCAGGGGUCAGAGGCUGCAGGUAAUCAAAGGGAAGAGGCCGUACAUGACCAGAGGGAAAGGGCCCCAGCUGUCCAGGGUGCAGAUAAUCAGAGGGCACAGGCCGUGGCGGACCACAGGGCAGAGGCUGCACGUAAUCAGAGGGCAGGUGCCCCAGGCAUCCAGGAAGCUGAAGCUGAAGCUGCCCAAGGGGCCACAGGGACAGCUCCAGGAGCCAGGGCCGGGAAACAGGUCAAGACAGUGAGGUUCCAGACCCCUGGACGCUUUUCGUGGUUUCGCAAGCGCCGGAGAGCUUUCUGGCACACUCCCCGGUUGCCAGCCCUGCCCAAGAGAGUCCCUAGGGCAGGUGAGGCCAGGAACCUCAGGGUGCUGAGGGCCGAGGCCAGAGCAGAAGCUGAGCAAGGAGAAGAAGAAGACCAGCUGUGAGGUGAGAGCUAGGGACAGCCCAUGGGCCCUCCCUCCAAGUGUGGGGGAAAGAGGUGCUCUUUCUGCCUCUGAACCUGGAAACGGAGGUGGAUGUUGCCCACAUCUCCAGCUAAGCACCCUCUUUAUUCUCUUGUUAAAAUUUAGUCUCAUGCUUUGAUUUUUUAUUGCUAUUUUUUUAGAGACAGGGUCUCACUCUGUUGCCCAGGCUGGAGUGCAGUGGCAUGAUCGUAACUCACUGCAGCCUCAAACUUCUGGCCUCAAGUGAUCCUCCUGCCUCGGCCUCCCAAAGCGCUGGGAUUACAGGUGUGAGCCACCACGUGCACCGCCUCAUUUUAAAAAACAGACUGAUUCCUUGUAGCAACCCAAAGAAUAUAAAGAAAGAAAUCCAUACAAUAGGGUGGCAUCACCCAUAGUUUUAACUUCCUCAAAUGCAACUCAAAGUGCUCAGCUUGAAAACGGGAGAGAGGGAGGGCAGGGGAGAAACUGCCUCCAUUUUCUGUCUCCCUUGGCCUGCACACUUACUGUUGACUGCGUCCUUAGACUUAAAAAGAAGGCUUGAGCCAACAUGCAAAUAAAAAACUUUCACGAACUGAUUUCUUAGCUUUGGACUUGGCAACUGACGAAUGCUCUGGGGGUGACCUGGCCCUUGCUGUCAGUUUCACUCCCAUCCUUGAUGGUGGAGACACCUGUGUUUAUGUUGUCACUUCACCUGUCACCCUCGUGCGCCUGGGCUCUGCUGGUUUGGAGGGGACGGGGCCGUGGGUUUGCACACCUCGCCCGAUCCUGGUUACCAGGUACGGUAAAAGCAUC